GACUGUGAUAUCCUAUUCUAAGCAGACAGACAUGGACACCAAGAUUGUAGUAUUCAUCUUUUUUGUUGGCGCUGUGAGCGCCGGCGUCAUCGCACCAAUCGCUCCCGUACCCCUGGCCAGGGUUGACCCCCUACCUCAAUACUCCUACGGUUACGAUGUUCAAGACGCACUCACUGGCGACUACAAGGGUCACACAGAGCAAAGGAACGGAGACCUGGUGACAGGAUCCUACACAGUGGUGGAUCCCGACGGCACCAGGAGGAUCGUGGACUAUGCCGCUGAUCCUCUGAACGGUUUCAACGCGGUCGUGCGCCGUGAACCGUUAGUAGUAGCUGCGCCUGCGAGAGUCGUUGCUCCUGCCCCAGUCGUUGCCCCUGCCCCCGUUGUUGCCCCAGCCCCUGUUUACCCCCGAGCACCAAUCUUCGCCCCAGCUCCAGCACCACUAUUGGCCCCGAGAUUUCCUAGUCCCUAUUACUUCUAGAUGAAUUAUUACAAUUUUGUUGUUUUAUUUUUGUACUUAUAGGAUUUUUAUGACUGUUAUUUAUAUUAUUAAAAGAAUU